GAAAUGUCAUCUGUUAUCUAAAACUCCCAGCCCUUGAUGUUUUAAUUUUUCUACGCGUAUCUUUCUUGUAAAACCAAGAUACAAGUUUAUUUUGCCGUGGUUUCUUUUUAAUUAUCCCUCAUUUAAUAUUGUUUUGAUAUUUCAAAGUAAUAACAAUAAAUUAAAAAUGGUUAUGCCUGGAUUGUCUAUAGAGAGCUUGAAAAAGCACAAGUCCGUAAGUAUAAUAAAAGUAUUUUUAAUCUAUAAAGUUUUAAAUAUUUUAUGAAGGUCAAGUAAAAAAUGUAAAAGUUAAUGACUUAUCUAACUUAUAAUGGUUUUAGUUAAUCCCACUAUUUGUUGUCUUGGGUAUUGGUAUGUCGGGCGCUGCUUUCUAUUUAACUCGACUAGCAAUGAAAAAUCCAGAAGUAACAUGGCAUCCGAAGAAAAAUCAAGAACCGUGGGAAGAAUAUAAACAAAAACAAUAUAAAGUAUGUUAAUACAUAAUUAUAGUUUGUAAUAACUUUAAUUUUUAUGUAUUUCGAUUAUUACCAAUUUUGACUUAGUUAAGUGGGUGUGAAUUAUAAUGCAAUUUGCAUUUUUUUCUGAAUGUUCUAAAUGAAUGCUUUCUAAGCACAAAAUUUGUUUCAUUAAAUAUAGAAUCAUUAGAAAUAUGAAACUUUUAUUUUGCAUUUUUAGAGUAUUUUUUGAAAUUUAAAAUCCAUUUUUAGGUUUUUAAGGCACUUUUUCAUCUUUUUAAAAACUCGAUAGUAUUAUCGGAAAAUUAAAUACAAUUUAUUUUGAUUUCCUUCUUAAAGAAAAAUAAUUCAUAUUUCUAUUUUUAUAAUUUAUUAGGUAUAGAUUUACCAAUAUUUUACUAGAUUAAUAUGAUGCCAGAAGAAAAUUAUAAGCUAUUUAUCUAGUUAUAUUGUUGUCAUACUGCAUUGUUUGCGCUGUUGUAUAUAGUAAAUUUAUAUACCUAAUAAAAAACGUUUUUUUAAAAUUUAAAAUUAAUUGUAGAGUAUUAUAGAUUCUGAGUGAAGUGAAUAAUGUUUUUAUUUUAUAAAAAUAUUAAUUUUUUUUUAUGUGAAUACUUUCUACCAGAAAGCUUACUCCAAUGUUUAUGAUGUGAACUCUUUUCUGAAAUUUUCUCGGGGUGAUCUUUUAUGGUAUUUUUUUGAUUUUCCCAGUAGUUUUCUCAUCAAAUGUGAACCUCUUCCCCCCCCCAAAAAAAACGAAAAAAAACUGGAAAAUGUACAAAAUAUAGGUAUUAGUUAAAAAAUAUUUCGGCCUCUUUUUUCCUGUGAACAACUUUACUAGCAGCAAUUUUGCUUCAAUUUAUUAUGAUAGUAUUUUUUCUGAAAGGAAAUCUUACUGGAAAGUACUCUAAAAGAGAUCAUUUUUCAAUUAUCCUAGUAAACGUGUAAAACUGGGAAAAACAGGAAAAUUGGUACAAUAUUAAACAAAUAUUAUUAAAGAAAAUAUAUUAUGCCUAAUUAAUCAUUUUAUAAUUAUAAAUAUAUAUUAUUCUCAAUCGUAUCCAACCACCUCUUUUUUUGUGAAUCUUACCACUUCUUUUCUUUUAUGUUUGUUUUCAUUUUAAUUCCUGCUAUAUUUAUUUUAUAUUUUAUUUUUCUGUCUACUGAUUCAACACUCCGAACCAUACAACAUAAUCAGUCUUACUAUAUUUUUGUAAAACGUAACUUUAAAUCUCAUUGGAAUUUUCUAGUCACAUAAAGCAUCUGACACUUUUCUCCAUUUUAUUCUUCCAAUUACACUUAAACUUAAGUUUCACAUCCUCAUGAAAACCACUAUUCUUUUUUUUUAAAAGUCUUGGGUACUUAAAACUUUUUACCUUGUUUAUUAUCACUUAUUGUUGUUAGCUCUCUUAUCUUAUUCAUCCAAAUUCAUACUCUUGUUUUACUGCUAUAUAUCUUUAGUUUAUUUCAUUUCCUUCAAAUGAUACUCUGCGUUCCUUAAGUCUAUUGUUAACGUAUUCAAGUUUUUCUCCUAUCAGAGUUAUAUCAUGCACCAUGGUACCUCCUCUCACCUGUUGUCUCCACACACAAUCGAGAUGAGAUCACCCUAUCGAGAUGUAACUCUUUACAUUGUUUGACAGAAUUUUACACCAGCUGUCGAUUUCACGCAAUCCCAUUUAUUGCUUCUUACAACAGAUAUAGGUACCAUGGUAGUAUUUUUAUCCCCUCCAAUUAUCACAGUUUAUGGAAAUGAAACUAUAAUAUAAUAUAAAAAGUUUAAUUAUUACUAUCCAAUUAAGCAAAGCUUGCUAACUAACUAUAUUGUCUUUCCAAACUAGUGAUUUAACUUAUUGUUUUGUUUGUUUCAGUUUUAUACAACAAUUUCAGAACCUCCAGUCAGUCCAGCUCCCAAAUACUAGAAAUGUGUUGGUCUACAUACAUUUUGUAUGAUUGGUUAUAAAAAUGAACAUAGUGUUAUAAUAUUUUUUGUGUUUUCAGUUUUUAAUAAACAAUUAAUGGUAAAUACUCUGAUAUUUGAUUAUAGAAACACAUUAAUACAUGUUCAUUUAAAAACAAUUAGUUUUAAGUUUAGUUUUUGUUGGCAGUGUUCAUAAAAUAUUCUCUAGCAAAUAUAUUAAUUACAUAGAUUAAUUAUUAUUAUGUUUUGAAAUCUUCCUUUAAAAGUAAAAAUAUAUCAUGUGAUUUAAAUGUAUGUUAGAAUUUUCUAAAACAGUUGAUCGAAGACUAUAAUUUGAUACCCAUUAAGUGUUAUAAAUUUUAAGUAAUUACAAAAAUAUUUCCUGAUUAAAAAGAAUCAUUAAAACAAAACAUUUAAUUACACAUAAUUUAUUGUAAUAACUAUUUAAUGUUCAAUAAUAAUUUAAUAAUAUUAUACAGGAUGAUUCAAAAAUUUUAUACUAGCCAUUUUAUUAUAUACAUAUUUAAAUUAGAGAAUAAUGUAUAGUAUAAAAGCUUUUUUAUUUAUAUACAUCUAAAAUGAUUUAUAAAUUAUUUUUUUUAGUCUUUUAGGGAGGAAAGUUACAACUUUAGAAAUUCUAGUGGGAACCUGUAUUUUUUGCAAACAUAAUGUGAUAAUAUUUUUUGAAUUAAUUUUGUGAUUGAAUAACAUUAAUUAAUUGAAAAUAAUAUGCUUGAGAGCGAUUAAAAGUUUUUAGAAAUUGUAUGUGAUCACUUGAGGAACAUGUUGCUAAUGAGUUAUGACACUUAUCACAUCAUACAAAUUAUUAACCAAACAAUUAACCACAGUAACCAUUGUGGUAAAAGGCAGCUUUGUGAGUCAGAUAUAUCUGCUCUAUAGGAAUAGGGCAGUUUAUCUGUUUUCAUUCCAACUAUGGCUUAUCCAUUCUUUAUUAUCUAUGUUUAUGGCUAAAUAUACAGCAUGGCUAUAGAUAUAAUAUAUCGACCGUGAUUUGAACAUUUAGUGUAUAUUUUACAGGCUAAUCACAGACAUAAAAUAAAAUGUGGAUUUGUAUUUUUUUUUAAUUAUUCAUUGUUCACCGUUAUUUGUAGUAAAAAUAUUUAAAAAAUAA